GCCGCUGAUUCCAGAAGGUACUAUCUAGCGUGAAAUUAGUCUCGGUUGAAACAUAAGUCUCGCGCCCUGCGUACUGCGCAUGCGCCAGCUGUUGCCCCCCUCCCUUCCGCGACAGGAAGGCGAGUCCUCGGUUCCGGGGUGGUCUCCGCCGGUUGCGAGGAAGUAAUUCGUGCGGCUGCUGCACCAUGGCGUCCGUGGGGACCCUCGCCUUCGAUGAAUAUGGGCGCCCUUUCCUCAUCAUCAAGGAUCAGGACCGCAAGUCUCGUCUUAUGGGACUGGAGGCCCUCAAGGUAACGGGACCGGGACACACUCGCGGUGAAAUGAGGGAAAGCGGCGUGUCAGUGGCUCUGCGCCUGCGCGAGCUUAGCGGUUGUGCCAUGUGCUCCCCGGGAAGGGCGAGAAUCUUCUUUCCCGGGUGUCCCCUCUGGUCGUCAGGCACGCACCCCGCUCUCCGAGCCCGGGAGAACCGGCGACUUGAUAAGAUGAUGGUGGACAAGGACGGCGAUGUGACUGUAACUAAUGAUGGGGCCACCAUUUUAAGCAUGAUGGAUGUUGAUCAUCAGAUUGCCAAGCUGAUGGUUGAACUGUCCAAAUCACAAGAUGACGAAAUAGGCGAUGGAACCACAGGAGUGGUUGUCCUGGCUGGUGCCUUGUUGGAAGAAGCUGAGCAGUUGCUAGACCGAGGCAUUCACCCAAUCAGAAUAGCGGACGGCUAUGAGCAGGCUGCCCGCAUUGCUAUUGAGCACCUGGACAAGAUCAGCGAUAGUGUCCUUGUUGACGUGAAGGACACUGAACCACUGAUUCAGACUGCAAAAACCACGCUGGGCUCCAAAGUUAAUAAAAGACUAUGGUCUGUUGCUCUGUGUUGUCUUUUAGGACUUGAUAAGAUGAUGGUGGACAAGGACGGCGAUGUGACUGUAACUAAUGAUGGGGCCACCAUUUUAAGCAUGAUGGAUGUUGAUCAUCAGAUUGCCAAGCUGAUGGUUGAACUGUCCAAAUCACAAGAUGACGAAAUAGGCGAUGGAACCACAGGAGUGGUUGUCCUGGCUGGUGCCUUGUUGGAAGAAGCUGAGCAGUUGCUAGACCGAGGCAUUCACCCAAUCAGAAUAGCAGACGGCUAUGAGCAGGCUGCCCGCAUUGCUAUUGAGCACCUGGACAAGAUCAGCGAUAGUGUCCUUGUUGACGUGAAGGACACUGAACCCCUGAUUCAGACUGCAAAAACCACGCUGGGCUCCAAAGUGGUCAACAGCUGUCACCGACAAAUGGCCGAGAUUGCUGUGAAUGCUGUCCUCACUGUGGCAGAUAUGAAGCGGAGAGACGUCGACUUUGAGCUCCUAAUUGCCAUCGCAACAGGAGGGCGGAUCGUGCCCCGGUUCUCAGAGCUCACACCUGAGAAGCUGGGCUUUGCUGGGCUUGUAAAAGAAAUCUCGUUUGGGACAACCAAAGACAAAAUGCUGGUCAUCGAGCAGUGUAAGAACUCCAGAGCUGUAACCAUUUUCAUUAGAGGAGGAAAUAAGAUGAUCAUUGAGGAAGCAAAACGAUCUCUCCAUGAUGCUCUGUGUGUCAUCCGGAACCUCAUCCGUGAUAAUCGCGUAGUGUAUGGAGGAGGGGCUGCUGAGAUAUCCUGUGCCCUGGCAGUUAGCCGAGAGGCAGAUAAGUGCCCGACCUUGGAGCAGUACGCCAUGAGAGCAUUUGCGGACGCCCUGGAGGUCAUCCCCAUGGCCCUUUCUGAAAACAGUGGCAUGAAUCCCAUCCAGACUAUGACUGAAGUUCGAGCCAGACAAGUGAAGGAGAUGAACCCUGCUCUUGGAAUUGACUGUUUGCACAAGGGCACAAAUGAUAUGAAGCAACAACAUGUCAUAGAAACUUUGAUUGGCAAAAAGCAACAGAUAUCACUUGCAACACAAAUGGUUAGAAUGAUUUUGAAGAUUGAUGACAUUCGUAAGCCUGGAGAAUCUGAAGAGUAAAAAAAAAAACUAGUAUAACAUGUGAGAGCCACUACUGUGAUGGGUAUCUUGUGAUGCAUCUACAGUUAUUUAUUAUCACAUCCUUUUUUCAGACACUGUAGAUGUUACAAUAAAAGUAGCUAUUUGGUAACCAUAGUUUCACUUGUUCAUAGCUGUGUAAUUGUGGGGGUCACACGCUUUUGUAUUCGUUAUAUUAAAGAAUCUUUGAACAACCUUUAUCAUCUUUUCAGGUUUGAGAAACAUUUAUGGUAACAUUAAUUAAAUGCUGCCUUAAUUGAA